AUGGUGUACAAGAGCAUCAAGUCCACCACCCGCAAUGGACGUCGCGGCAUUCGCCGCUGGCUCACGAAGAGCCAAAUGCUGACCGUGUUCGACACCGCCGAAAUCGUGGACAGCAUUAUCGCCCGCAAGGAGACGGACGAGUACCUUCGGUCCACGGAAGUCAGGGAGCACCCAGACUGCCCAGGCCUCAUGCAGUACUUGGUGCUUGUCGAUGAGGAAGUGACAGACGAGGACGUGGAUGAGAUCGAGGACAUGUUCCGGACGGAGGAUGCAUCUUCCAACGGCGACACAGACGACGACAGCGAGGACGACGACGACGACGACGACGAGGACAGUGACAAGUCGAAGCCGAAGUCCAAAGGUGGCAAGGACCGAUAA